UUCAUGGUCACAAUUCUUCACCUCUCAUACGACUAGAGACAGAACGUAAACACCCUAAACCCGUCUUUACUGAAUUAACCUGCUUUUCUUUCGGCUUUUAUGCAGCGCCUCCUUUCAUUAUUAUAUGGUUCGGUCCUGUUAGUUUGAAACAAACGUCCCGCCUCGAGUUACUGCGUGUUUAUAACUGUUUAUUACAAAGGCAGCCCACGUCUCUGGAAACAGGAUUGUGACACAGAAUGGCAUCACGGGGGAAAUCAGAAACCAGCAAACUGAAGCAGAACAUGGAGGAACAACUGGACAGACUAAUGAUGCAGCUUCAGGACCUGGAGGAGUGCAGAGAAGAUCUGGAGGAGGAGGAGUAUGAGGAAACAAAGAAAGAGACUUUGGAACAGCUGGAGGAAUUCAACGACUCCCUGAAGAAGAUAAUGACAGGAGACAUGACACUGGUGGAUGAACUUGGUGGGAUGCAGCUGGCAAUCCAAGCUGCCAUCAGCCAAGCCUUCAAAACCCCCGAGGUGAUCCGACUUUUUGCAAAAAGGCAGCCAGGACAGCUGAGGACCAGGCUUGGAGAGAUGGACCGAGACCUGAUGGUGGGGAAAAUGUCCCCGGCCGUUCACACGCAGCAGAAAAUGGAAAUCCUCACAGCCCUGAGGAAGCUGGGAGAAAAGCUUACUCCAGAAGAUGAGAUGUUCCUUACUAAAAACACUACAGCUACUCUAAGUCAGUUUGAAAAAGUCACUGCCAACCUGGGGUCGGAAGACAAAAUUAUGGCUUUAGCUAGUUCUGGGGUGAAAACCAAAGAAUAGACAUUUAAAAAAAUUAUUUUAAAUCAAUGUUCUUAUAAAAAAUGUGCCAAUUAAUCAAGUUUUGUAUGAAUGCCUUUUCACUUUUUAGUGUUUCUAUAAAUACUAAGAGUUUUUAACAGUAUUGUUUUAUACUUGUUAAUGUUUUUAAAUGUCCGUUAUUCUUCUGUGAAAGUGUAAUAUAAUAGGUACGAGCAUGUGAUCUGAGAUGUUUGAAUAAACGCAACCAAUGUUCAUCACAACCCUUUGGAUAAAACAGAAACAAUAUAUUAAGAAGAGCCUUUUAAUGCUGGACAAAGUUUCAAUCAUCAUUAGCCUGAAUAUGAUGCAUCAUUGUUUUAAAAUGUUCUUUUCUGUACUCUACAACAACCACAAGAGCUGGGAUUACAAUUUUAGCUUUAUUGAGACUUUUCUCUCUGCAGCAUGUGAUCAGGAGUUAUAAAUGCUAAUUUUAGGCACAAAUAUAUAUCUAGAACAUUGGUAAGUUGCACCUCACACACUUUUUUUCUUGCUAUAAACAUAAUUCUUUCAAAUAUUUGUUCAGUCUUGGUAUAUCUUGGAGAGUUUGUUUAAAUUGGUUCAUUUGAUGUGGCUCUGAAGCAUGCUCCAGCAUCUACAGUAUUGUUUACAUUGGAGCCAUGUGUGAAUCCUGAUUUUAGACAUCCUGCUGUAGUUCUGCAGAAAGCUUGCUAAUUGCUACAUAAGAGUAAGUGCUGCUCAUUUAUCCAGCAUCCAGUUGGAUGUAUAUAUUCGGCUCCUACACAGGAAAAGGAUUUUAAACAUAUUUCAACCUGAAAAAAGAUCAGAUUUGGUCCCUGAUUGAAAAGAGUAAAGUUGACUUAAACUAGGGCUGCAACUAACGAUUGUUUUGCUAAUUGAUUAAUAUGUCGAUUAUUUUUUUCGAUUAAUAAUUGGAUAGCAAAAGGAGAGUAUUAAUAGGACUAAACCAGGUGAAACUUAACUUUUGCACUUAAGGAAUUCUGGGUAGAACAUAUUGACAGAUUAUAUUUUUUUUAUGUUAAAUGCAAAACUUUUAUUAUUUUACAAUUUUUGUAUGAUUACUGCUUUAAGUGGGUCGCUCUGUCAGCUAAAGGCCUGUUUUAGCGUCUCUAUACUCAGGUUAACGAUUACUAGCUUAGUUGGCGAUUAUUUCAAUAUUAGAUUAAUUGUUUCAGCCCUAACCAAAACUUUCACU